AUGAGACUAAAAGUGCUAAAAGCUGGGGGUCCACCGUUCUGGCUGAGGCAGCGGGGGCCAGCGUCGUUACCUUCUCCCUGUCAUAGCCACAGCUCGCGCUGCUGCCACCGUCAGCUUCGGGCACCUCCUCCAGGGUUCCGGUCUCACUUUCAGUUGUCGUGUCCACAUGUCCGCCGCUUCAGAUGGUGCAUCUCCGCCAACCUGGCGGCCGGGCCACGGCUCCAAGCCCCUCCGGACCACCCUUCCCCUCUGGCCCUCCUCUAG